AUGGGGCCGAGACGGGAAGGGACCAGGGGGGAAGUUGUUGCUUAAUCACCUCUUUCGAAGUCGACUAUGAAUGUCAAUUCCAACCUGAGUCUGUCUGCAUAUCAGCUCAUGCACGUCCUUGCCAGUCCCCCAGGAGGGUGUGCCUACUCCUGCACCUGCCCGCAUCGCACCUGCUUCGACUUCGAUGCAGCCUUUAUGUCAAACUCACGACUCUUCGAUGCGGUGGCUAAACGAAGCUCGAAGCGCAUCCAGAGCUUGGGUGUAUCACCAUUAGUAGCACCAACAUCCUAUGAGGACGACAGCGCAAUGUCCUUCAGCCAGCCCCUCGCGGUCCAGACUUGCAAGUCUCUGCAUGAGUUCUAGGCGUAUGCAAAUCACCAAACAACAGGGCUAGUAACCGUGCCAACUCACACAAAAGUCUGACGCCACGCUCUCUUGAGGCGAUAUGCAUACAUUGACGGCGCUCAUUGGGUCCGCAUUGUGAAUCAGCUGAAAGUCUUGCUUCUAGGCACCUCCAGCAGAGCCGUGGACUAAGAGCAUGGGGCACAUAGCAAGUAUAAAAGGUGGCCAGGCGCCUGAGCUUUGAGGACCUCUCCAUCAAAUUCCAGAAAUUAUCAAGAGUCUGUCUUGCGCUGAUUGAUUGCCGUGAUCAAUUCAGCGCCCUCCGACCCCGACGCCAUGGCUCCAGACCAACCCACAGGGUGGCCCAGACGAGAGUUCUUCGACGAUAGAGACAAAUACUACGUUCCGAAGCAAUAUUUCGAUCUGACAAAGGUCAGCCCCUUGAAUCUCCGCCAACACAAAACGUAUGGUGCCUUCUUUCCCAAGACAUUUUACGAUCAGACUCCAGCAAAGACCAAACUCAACGGGGAUUGCUGGGGUACAUGUGUAGCGAACGCCACUGCUGCAGCUUUUGUUUACGAGUGGAAGCGGGCCGGUCUUCCAGCCGUUGACGCUUCUCGGCUCUUUAUCUACUUCAAUGCUCGCCAGAUAGACUUUGAAGCUUCCAAAGAUCCAUGGGAUGAUCCAAAAUCAAAGAAACCAAAGGGUCAGGGCUCAUAUAUCAGACUUGCAUUCAAGGCCCUCGACCAACGUGGAGUCUGCGCUGAAAAUGAUUGGACGUAUGACGAUGAGCACUUUGCGACGCAACCAACUAAGGAUGCCAUUGAAAAAGCCCUUGAGAAUCGAAUGAUUCAAUACUCCAGGCUUGACCCAGACCAGCCCGAAGGCGUCGAGAAAAACAUGACAUCUGAGGAGAAAGACAUCAUUGGGGCGAUGACACUGCUUCGUCUCCGCCAAUGCCUCGCAGAAGGGCAUCCAGUUGUUUUCGGUUUCCGGUAUUACUGGAAAUAUGCACCUUUCCAGAAGACGGACAAGCCAGGCUUUUGGACAUUGCCGGCCCUGCCCAGAAAGAACGGGCCAGCUUCGGACGAAGGAGGUCAUGCAGUUCUCGCCAUCGGCUUCGAUGACAAAGGGAAAAGAAUCCUUUGCCAGAAUUCAUGGGGAGAAUCUGUUGACGGCGCGCCUUUGUUCUACAUCGGAUAUGAUUGGAUCAAGGAUUUCGAGGCCACGAGUGAUUUCUGGAUGGUAAGGCUUGUGGAAAAGAAGGAGAAGCAGAAGCCGAACGCACGGGAGUCGCGUCUUUGAUUGAAACAGGAUAGGCAAGGCACGAAGGACGAGCGCAAGAUGGAAUAUGUUGAGGCCUCAUUACUGUGCCAAACGAUCUCUCGAGGGACUGAAGCAGAAUGCAAGAUGGACGCCCAUAUACUGUCGUUACGAUAUUCAACAAUGAAGUAGCAAUGAAG